AUGCAAGAAUCUUAUUUAAAGCAGUUACCUUCAUAUGAGUUUUAUAAAAAGCUGAAUGAAACAAAAGUUAAUGGUAUUUCUGAAUACUGUAAAGAAAUUAGCAAAAAUUUACCUCAAAAGGAUAACAUUCAAAAAAUUUGCACCCUACUCAUAACAAAUUUAUUUCUUUUGCGAGAUAAACAUUAUGAGGAUACAUCAUUUUUUAAUAAGCAUUGUUAUGAUCUGAAUUAUUGGUUAUAUAAGCGACUGUCUGCGUUACUAAAUGGCAAUAAGCAAAAUACAGAACUUUAUUCCGUCAUUGAAGAAAUUCAUGGAUCAUGGAAAAAAGUUGUUCAAAAUGAAAUACUUGAUAAUACAGAUAAUAGAUGUAUGCCGGAACAAAAAUUUUAUGAAAAGAAACUGAUUAAACUUUUGAAAGAUUUGUUUGAUUACGCUGAAAAUUAUAAAACAAUUGAAAAUGAAAUUACUAAGUCCAGUGAAGAAGCCAAAAAAUAUUGUUCAUAUAUUUUAGGAAAAGUUCCUUUAUAUUUCAUGAGUAAGGAAUUAUGCUCAUCUGGAGAAAGUGACAGAUGCACAACAUAUAUAGGAAAUUAUGAAGAGUAUAAUCCUAGUGCAUUAUUGUCUCAAUUAUCAUGUCUUGGAGGAGAAAUAGGUAACAUUCCGCUUGAUAAAGAUCUUAUAAAUGAAGUGCUAAAGUUGCAACAGUCUAUCCCUAACUUAAUGAUCCGAGAUCUAAGUCAGCAAACCAAUCUUCAAGGUGCAUUUAUGAAAUCUUUGGAAGGUUUAAUGAAAAAUGGAUUUGCCUCAAUAGCUAUACUUAACUCUGAUGUGUUUAAGCAAUAUGUUAUGCCAUCUCUUUAUGGUACUGGAAGUCUUAUCCUUUUUUUCAUUUUAUACAAGUGCAAGUCUAGUUUUUUCGGUUUUAAUAUGUUCCAUGGAAGGAGUAGAAGAAGUAAACUUUUAAGGAAUAUGGACCCAACUGAAUUAAUGGGUGGCGCAUUAGGAUUACCAUCCCCCAUGAUGCCUAUAAACCCAUACGGUUUACGUUAUCAACCCAUGUAA